CGCGGCCCCGUCACCGACGACUCUUCUUGUUUUUUCCGCGCUCGAACAGAGCGCUGCGCAUGGCCUGCAGGCACCAUGAUUUGGGACGCGAGCGAUGCCAACCCCAUGCAUCGCCGACUGCCGGCCGAGGUGGUCUCGCGGCGCCGUACUGAGCCGAAGACGAAGACCGAGUCCAAGGAGAAGAGCGACGAGGUCACCGUGGACUUGAAGACGGCAAUUACCUUGAAGCCGGAGGCACGCACGAAGUGGCUGAGCAAGGCCUGUGCCAUGGUGGAGCAGGGCAAGGCGAAACCCACCGACCUCUAUGACAUCAUCACCAACCGUAAAUUUUCGGGCGGCCUGCCAGACCGAGUGGGCCGAAAACUGGCCAGCAUCCUGAAAGAGAGCCUCUCCAUCUUCUCAGACAAGCAGCAGCGUUACCUCAAUUCCACCGAGAGCCCCGUGCCGAUGCACCUCGCCCGAAGUGAUGAUGAAGAGGAAGAGGAGCGGCCCACUACACGGAUCCAGGUCGCCAGACCCGAGGACCCGGCGCCACCCACGGCCACCCUUCCUCGGAUCACCUUGGAAGACAGCGACAAGGCGGCCAAAAAGGAGAAGAGCAAGCCGCCGAAGGUGCCCAAGGAAGAGCCCAAGGUGGAUCAUGAAGCGGAGGCACAGCGGCGAAAGCUGGAAGAGGAGGCUGAUAACAUCCUGGGCGCGUUGGUGCCGGGCCUGGGCGACAGCGCUGCACCGCCCAUCUUCUCCAAAGCCGAUGCCAACAAGGGCCGUUCGGUCUCCCGUUCGCGCUCCAUCUCUUCAAGGACGGCUCGAAGGCUGGCCAGAGAGAAGAGGAAGGGCCGGGAUCGCGACGGCUCCUGGCGGUCCGGCGGCUCGGGGCUCUCGGGCUCUCGUGCCCUGCUGCUGAACCGGAAUUAUACCGAGGACUUGCCCCACAUGCCGCGCAACGCGGCGACGGCGGCGAAUAGCUCUUAUGCGCCCGAAACCAGCCGCCGCACCAGCCGGUCCCGUUCCCGGCGGCGCCGGCGCUGACGGCGUGCGCAGCUGAGGGGGCGGGUGGCGAGUGGCGCUCUGCGCGCGCCGCUGGUGGACACACAUGGCCAGGCA